AUGUCCCAUCAUUCUCAGCUAGAAUCGUGGCGCCAAACGCCUCAGGACAAGCGAUUGUCAAUUUCUUCGAUCCAUGUAACAGCUCCUGCGGCUGGCCUUCGUCGCAUUCCAGCCGGUUAUUAUGUCGCCGUCGAGAUCGACGGAACUGUUUGGAGAACAGCCGUCAAAGCGGAAGUACCGUCAAGCAAUAUCGUGCAGUGGGAUCAGAUUUUUGUACUUCCCGCAGAUAGUUCAACAACAGUAUCUUUGAGAAUCUUUGCAGCCUUCGAAUUUGAACGUAUGCUUGGGCGCGGCCAGUUGAUGCGCAAAGCUGAGCUCACAGUGGGAGAACUUUUACAUCACAGCGACCAAUCCCUACCCAUAUUUUUCUUCCCUGAUGGGGGUCAAUCAUCGUCUCUCCUAGUAAAGGUCGACCGAGGCCUUGAAGGCGAACCUGAUGCGGCUCAGUUUGGCCAACGCUACUCCCCCAGACCUAACGAGUCACGACUUCUUGGUCAAAUGACAGAAACUGGUCAGAAUCUCCUCGAAUGCUACCGCCGCACUCGUCGCAUCUCAGACUAUCACGCAGCCACGGAACAGCUGCGCCUUGCGCUUGAUUAUUGUGGCAGUGAUCACCCUGACCGUGCAGCAGCAUUGACUAAUUUAGCGGACGCUCUCGUGAUUCACCCGCAUAUUGAAGAAAGCGAUGGCGCUAUCAAUGCCCCUAUCUCGCUGUAUCAGGAAGCGCUGGAGCUUCGCCGAUCGGGGCACCCAGACCGUCCCUUGGCACUGCUCAAGCUUGGACUUGCAUUGCUAUACCGUUUUCAGCUAAGGAAAAAUCCUGCAGAUGUAAUGGAAGGACAAGACCUACUGAAUCGUGCCCAGUGUGUCUGUUCGGAUGACAAUUCCGAUAUCGAACCCGUCAUGGACGCAAUCAGGAGCCCCACUCCUACUAAUACUUCGAGUCACCGCUCUUUGGAGCUCCACCGCCUCAUAGAUUCCCAGAAGCGAUGGGACGCACUGCUGACAUACCAACACGUUCUGUUCCGCUAUCAAUGA